UCUCUCUCUCUCUCUCUCUCUCCUUUGCAGAUAUUGAGUGCGCAUCUCUUCUUCCUCCCUGGAUGUGUGUUUUUUUGGCAGCUCCACAGUGGAUAAGAGAACCGUGGGAAUUUUCUCAAACUUGAAGUAAGGAAAAAAAAACACACAUACAAAAAAAACUUGUUUGCAGCUGUUGGAGCUCAUCAGGCGUGAAGGAGCAGCAGAGUCAUUUCAUUCAGGUACAGAAAGAAACGCUGUCAUUAUAGGAAUGUUUAUCUUCCUCCAGAAGGGAGUAAAUAUGCUGUAAGGUGUGUCCGGUGCUCUCGGGGGGUUUGUGCGUAAAAAAAGACUGCCGUUGCGCACUUCUUUCGGGUGCGCAUGACAGAUAACAUGGUGCAGUUUGGACACGACACAAGCAUUUUCUUAAUGUAUCUACUUUAAGGUUGUUUUCUGCUCAUAUACACUUUAUUUGAUUAUGUAACUCUCAGCUGUUUGCUUAUUCACUCUAAACAGAAAAUAGAAACACAUUUUCAGAUAUGAAUAUUUAAAAAAAAAAAAAAACUAAAUCAAUGUCAGUGUCAAUUUGUCGAGGAGGUUGGUUGACGCAGCAUCUGGGUUCCAUCCACAGACAGAGGACGCGGUUAUUUAUGUAUGUCAGGUUGCAAGUAAAGGAUGAAAGGGGAUUUUUAAACAUGGUUUGGCCUUGCUCUGCUCUGAGUCAUAAGCACAGCCAAGGGCAGCUGUGUCAUUUUCACUUCUAUGUAUGCUGAGGCCCCCCCAUUUUGUUUAUAUGACAUCAUUACAUGCAUCCUUUUGGAUGGGUGGAUUCAUAAAAGAUUGACUGUAAUCACCAUUUCACAGCUAAUGGUGUCAAAAUAUAACAUUUCAAUAUUUGUGGUUUCAAUCUGUAUUUGAGUCUGACGUCAUAUUUAACAUAUUUCUCUCCUGAAACAACAAAAAUGUAGAUUUUUGACUUAAACUUUAAAUCUUUGUUGCUAGAAAAUAUUCCAGAUUAGACUUUUAUCACUGAUUAAUCUGCUCUUGGUUGUUUUGUUUGUGAAAAACUGAACCUACAGUUUGUCAGACCAACACUCCUAAACACAAUUAUAUUUAGUUUAUUGUCACAUAAGACAAGAAAGAAAAGCAGGUAGUCCUCACACUGGAGAAGCAGCAUACAAUGUAUGUUUGACAUUUUUGCUUGAAAUUAUGAUUUAUCAGAAUAACUGCAUAUUGUUUAUGGAUUGAACAAUUAAUCAUUUCAGCUCUGAAAUAUUCAAAUAACUACUCACUAAUGUAUUUUAUAACCAUGUUAUGUUAAUAUUGGUAUGUGCUUUAUGGAAAAUGUUCAAUUCUCAAAAAAAGAGACAAAGAAAAACAUUUAGCUUCUUAUUUAUAUGGUGCUCAAACAUGUUGAUGCUGACUUCAUUAUUUUAAGAACGUAUAUGAAAAUGUUCUAGUCUCAAAGCGGGUUGGUCAAGGUAGAUCUGAGGGGUUGUAAGAGGAUUAAUGGAAGUAAAAAAACAUUGUUUUGGUACACAAAUAUAAUAUUUCAGAUUUGGCUUGUUUCUGAAAUUCCUCUAUCAGUUACUUGAAUGUAACAAUCUGAGAAAUUUAGAGGGAAAAAUGACUCUUUGGUUGAACUGCUUACAACUUACAGACCUACACGACCCGAGACUGCUUAAUUUAAGGGGUCAAAAGCCAGAAAAGGUCGAGAUUUGUGAAGACUUUAACAGAAUAAAGACGUUUACUGAUUCUGUUACACACUCCAAAUCUUUCCUCCCAAAGUUUAUUUAUAGUUGACACCAGAUUUCGUCCCUCUCUGUCUUAGAACAUGUCCAGUUCAUUAGAAAGGGUUGUGGCCCAGAAGAAGGAGGCCAUCGAGGCAGCGAUGGAUAUGUUUGAGAGGGGCGCCGAGGUGUUGGCCAGCGCUGUGGGCGAGCUCUUCCCCCUCUGUGAGGCCGCUGCCCCGGUUCUCCGCCUGGCUUUAGACAACGUCCAGAGCAAAGAGGUGUUCUACGUCAAAGAGCAAUUCCUGACGGUGAGGAACAAGCUUGACGUGCUAUCCACCCAAUUGGACGACAUCGACUGCGAGAUCAAGAAGGGGAGACUGGAUUCCCAGUACUUCUCGGUGGAGGAGAACAUUAGGAACCAGUUUCGAAAAUAUAUGGACAUCUUGGAGGCAAAACAGCAGUUCAAGGAGGUGAAGACCAGACUUUUUCUGGAGCACUUCGCUAAAACCGGAGGAGAGAAGAACCUGUUUGUGCUGUAUGAUGCUCUGAUGGGGACAAACAGCUUUGGAGAGUCGGUUUUAGAGCUGGUUGAAAGGUAUGUAGCAAGGAACCGUCGUCUCCUGGAGGAUUUCUGUGUCCGGAUGAAGGAGCUCUUCUGUUUGGGCCUGAUUGCUCUGCUGGGCCACUGUGCCUUAACACAGGGCCAAGAGGAAGAAGACGACAAAAUCCAAGAGUGGAGCAGCAAAAUUCAAGAAGUAGAGUCCAGGAUGAAGACGACUAUCAAGUCCUGUAUCGCCGCCUUCCCAGAACAAGCCAAAUUAGAUGCCCAACGCCUCCUGCAAGAAAAGGAAGAAGAAAACCUGCAAGAUACGACUCAGCAGGUUCUUGAAUUCUUGGUGAAAAAAUAUGAUUGGGUCCGCUGGUCAGUGCGGCUCAUCAAUCAUUCAGGGAGCACCUACCGGAACUGGCGAGCAGGGGAACACUUUCAUCACGUGGCGGGACAGAACUGGUUCGAGGUGCUUCAGGUGAACAACAUCAACCUGGUGGUGUCGUACAGCAUCAAACCCCAGCCGGUGCCCCGUGACUUAAUCCGGCAGGUGAUGGAGGGCCAGGGGAAGAAGGGUAACGCCCCAGCAGUGGUGGAGGUGUUGGAGAAGCAGCUGUGCGGGUUUGUUGUUCACGCCGUCAGUCGCCACAAGGAGUCUGCAGCUGCUUGGAGCUUCCCGGAAGAGUGUCACUACUGGGAGAGACACAAGAAUGUGGCAGUGUGUGUGCACUCAGAGUAAAGCUGACACAUGUUUAAGAUCAUAGGAUUUUAACUGAGAUACUGUAGAUUUGUACUUUGUACCAUCUGCAAGAAUGACCUGAAAAUAUCAGUAUGUACGUUUAUCUUAAAGAAAUUAAUAUAAUGAAUCUCAGAAACCUUAGAUGCACCGAUCCGAUACACUUGAAUGGGUGAUCAUGUUAAAACCCCCAUUGUUUUCUGUUCUGCUCCUUUUUUUCCUGGCAUUGAGUUUAUGUAACUCCUCUAAUCUGAGUGGCUUAAAUUAAAAGCUUGCCCCUGCCUCUAACGCCACUGGGGUGCCUUUGAUCAAGGCCCUUAACCAGCAGAUGAGAUUACGGUUGUUCUAGAUAUCUUCUAAGAGUCGAUGUGAUCAUGGGAUUCCAUAAAAAGAGAGCAUUGCUAUCAGCGAAUCCACCUGAACAAAUAAAGGUGAAAACAUAGUAACUAAUAGAUUCCACUUACAGGUUAAUCUUAAACAAUACAAAAAUCUAAAGAGUAACUAUUAACUAUGGGCUGUCAGAUAAAUGCAGAGUAAAGAACACAGUAUUUUCUGUAGAGUAGAACAACACAGAAGAAAAUUGAAAGUAUUUGAGUAAAGUGGCGAAGAAUUGCAUUCAAGUAUGCAGUAUUACAGUACCAGAUCCAUGCAGUGACGUAUGGUGAUUUUAAAUUAGGGGAAAGGCAGCAGUGGUACUGGAUCUGUAUCAGCUGAAUGUUUACAUAUUGUAUAUGCAGAUCGGUGCAUCCACAAUCAGAAACAUUUCAGAUUGUUAAAUAGAAAUUAAAGUGUCUGGUGUGUGGGAUUUAGUGACAUCUAGUGGUAAAAUUACAAAUUGCAACUAACUGAACACUGCUUGCUUCACCCUCCACUUCCUUAGAUAAACUACGGUGGCUGCAAAACUCAUAAACAUUGAGAAAGGCCCCAUCUAAAACACUGGUGUGUCCGUUCUGGGCUACUGUAGAAACAUGACUGUGUCACACCGGUAUGUCCAGCUGAGUUUUUGUCCUGUCUCCAUGUUUGUUUUGUGACUUCCUGUUUUAUUUUGGAAAUGAACUCUCC